UGUCCAUACUUUCAUUUGAAGCAGACAUUUAAGCCUGCUCUAUUACAUGAGUUAAGAUUUUAGUGGAAUAUCCCACAAUGGAUUGCAAAACUUUAACAAGAGUUCUGGUUUUUUGCGUGUUUUCUACGACAGCUUUUCACCUGUCCAACUGCAUGCCAUAUAAGGACGUAUUAAGUUCUAGCAAUCACGCUAAAGAGUUAGGAUUUCUAUCUGGAGUGGUCGAAGAUUAUCGUCAAGUUGACUUCAAUAAAUGGCGAGACACUGGACUAUCAUCUGAAAACACUUUAAGCGAUUACGAAGAUCAAGACACUUCAUACAUCGAUGAUUGGACAAAGAAGGGAUUUAGAAAUAUCGAGAAAUCCACCUCGAUAAAGAGAAAGGGGAAUCAGGCUGCUCGAAUGUUCAUGACUUCAUCAAAAGAAUGUUUAAUCAUCAACAGCAAAGGGACAGUCACUGCGUCGAAUAAAGAAUCUACUUGCAACACUUAUGGUAAAUUUUGCCAUAAAGUCAGGGGGAGUUCUCUUCAACUAUUGAACAUAAAAACAGGAAAAUACCUAGCGAUCAACAAACAAGGUUCCAUCUAUUCAACAGAUGAUGGGACUUCUAAAGACACCAUUAUGACGGACGAGAUCGCCAACCAUAAUACCUACUCUAUCUACAUCUACAAAGUCAUAAACAACAAGAAAUGUUAUCUUGAUGUCAACUCAAAUUCUGUGCAACAAAGUUGUUCUUUGAAUCCUAUACAACUAAAGCCAGAAUUGAAAGGAAAUUGUACUUAACUAGUUAACUACUGAAAUAAUUAAAUAAAUUAAAACCUCUUGGAAAUGAACGCGGGUGUGUCAAUUGUGUGCACUGGAAGACUGCACUGAAUCACAUCUCCUUAUAUCAUGGAGCUAAAUGAACUGGAUUCAACAAUCUAGCUGAGAUAAAUUCAGAUUACAGACCUUAGGAUCACAAUGUUUCAAAGUAUAUCAAGUGUCAAGUUUAUAAGAUCUAGUCCGCAGUAUCUAACGUAACCUUUUCUGGUGUAUUGUAAUAUGUAAUGAAGGCAGCAGCGAUCAAUUGAAAGCGUUUGUAACUGGGUGUUUUCAAAUAAAUUGUCAAACACUU